UUUAGGUCUUCGGUUAAUGGAUGAACCAAAAACUGACCCGUGCAUAAUGACAGGGCUCCUCAUGCUACGUCUUGUGGCAUUGUACAAAUCAAAACCCAUCAUCGUAUGGCUCUUGUAUAUCGCUCUUUUCGUUUCAUACGGUGCGACGUUUGGCCUCCUCUUCCGUGCUCAAUUCUUCUACUCUGAAUAUCUCGUCUACUCUGAUUACGUGGGUCUAUGCAUCACCACUGGUCGUUCCCCUACCCUUUCCGGCGUCUUUUACGCCCCACUCGGUUACGAGAUUAUUUUGUUCGGCUUGACCAUCUACCAUGCUUGGAAAGACUAUAGGACCCAAUCAAGGGUCUCUGACACUCCUUUACUCAAAGUCAUGUAUCGAGGUUGGUUCCUUCUCCUGUCUGCCUAUACCAUACUUAGCGCCCUUCAGACGGUGUACUACUCUUCUGCGUAA